CCUCUCGGUUUCCGUAGACCCGGAAGUGGUGUUUCACAACCGGCAGCAACGCCGAAGUCCGGCGUGACAUUCAGCCGCUGUUGGUGUCUGACUGGCGGCCUCAUUAUCUGCUGCGUGUGCCUGCCAACAUGACACUUCUUCGAAAGGCACUCUCUUUGGCAAAAAGGCCACCUCUCACCUCAGGAGGCGUCACUAUUAAGAAGGUGCUCGUCAACAGCUGCCGACCAUGCUGCUCGGCGGUGCUCCCCAACCACAUGAUUCGCAACAUCGGCAUCUCGGCGCACAUCGACUCGGGGAAGACCACCUUGACCGAGCGUGUGCUGUACUACACCGGGAGAAUCGCGGAGAUACACGAGGUGAAGGGGAAGGAUGGCAUUGGAGCCACAAUGGACUCCAUGGAGCUGGAAAGGCAAAGAGGCAUUACCAUCCAGUCAGCUGCUACCUACACCAUGUGGAAGAACCACAACAUCAACAUCAUUGACACACCAGGACACGUGGACUUCACCAUCGAAGUAGAGCGAGCGUUGCGAGUGCUGGACGGCGCCGUGUUGGUUCUCUGCGCCGUGGGGGGGGUCCAGUGUCAGACGAUGACGGUGAACCGGCAGAUGAAACGCUACAACGUGCCCUUCCUCACCUUCAUCAACAAAUUGGACCGCCUGGGCGCCAACCCUGGACGAUCUCUGCAGCAGCUGAGAACCAAACUGAACCAGAAUGCAGCCUUCGUGAACAUCCCCAUUGGCCUGGAGGGGAACAUGAGGGGCAUCAUCGACCUCGUAGAGGAGAGAAGCGUGUAUUUCGAAGGACCUUUUGGUCAAGUCACCCGUUAUGACGAGAUCCCAGCAGACUUUCGCGUGGAGGCAGCAGACCGGAGGCAGGAACUGCUUGAGUGUGUGGCCAACGCAGAUGAAGCCUUAGGGGAGAUGUUCUUGGAGGAAAUAAUUCCAACCACUGAUGACUUGAAGGCUGCAAUCCGCCGGGCCACAGUGCAGCGUCUCUUCUCGCCAGUGCUGGUGGGCACGGCGCUGAAGAACAAAGGUGUUCAGCCUCUGUUGGACGCGGUUCUCGAUUUCCUGCCCAACCCCACCGAGGUCAACAACUAUGCUACCCUCAAUAAUGAAGAUUCCAGUGAGACAUCAAGAAUCCAGUUGGACCCGAAAAGAGACUCCUCAAACCUCUUUAUCAGUCUAGCCUUCAAACUGGAGGCGGGUCGAUUCGGUCAGCUGACGUACAUGAGGGUGUACCAGGGAUGCUUAAAGAAGGGAGAGUACAUCUACAACACCCGCACAAACAAGAAAGUGCGUGUGCAGAGGCUGGUGCGCCUACAUGCCGAUCAGUUGGAGGAUGUGGAGGAAGUGUAUGCAGGUGAUAUCUGUGCUCUGUUUGGUAUCGACUGUGCCAGCGGAGACACUUUCACUGCCAAGACCAGCCAAAGCCUCUCUAUGGAAUCAAUACACAUCCCAGAUCCGGUCAUUUCUAUGUCCAUGAAGCCAGCCAACAAGAACGACUUGGAUAAAUUCUCUAAAGGCAUCAGCCGUUUUACCCGGGAAGAUCCAACAUUCCGUGUUCUUUUUGACCCGGAGAGUAAAGAGACCAUCAUCUCGGGCAUGGGAGAGCUGCACUUGGAGAUCUACUCCCAGAGGAUGGAGAGAGAAUACAACUGUCCCUGUGUGAUGGGAAAACCUAAAGUGUCUUUCAGGGAGACCAUCACUGCACCUGUGCCGUUUAACUUCACUCACAAGAAACAGAGUGGAGGUUCUGGUCAAUACGGUAAAGUUAUUGGCGUUCUUGAGCCUCUGGAGUCAGAAGAUAACACCAAGGUGGAGUUUGAUGACCAGACUAUGGGAACCAAUGUCCCCAAGCAGUUUAUUCCGGCUGUAGAAAAGGGCUUCAGGGAGGCGUGCGAGAAAGGACCUCUGAGCGGCCACAAGAUCUCAGGAGUCCGAUUCGUCCUGGAAGAUGGGGCAAAUCACAUGGUGGACUCCAACGAGAUCUCCUUCAUUCGUGCAGGAGAGGGCGCACUAAAGCAAGCUAUGGAAAAGGCCAACGCCACCAUCCUGGAGCCCAUCAUGUCGGUAGAAAUUGUGGCCCCUCAGGACUUCCAGGGCGCGGUUAUUGCGGGCGUGAACCGUCGCCAUGGCACCAUCACCGGGCAGGACGGUGCUGAAGGAUAUUUCACCUUGUACGCCGAAGUUCCACUAAACGACAUGUUUGGCUACGCCACAGAACUACGCUCCUGUACUGAAGGGAAAGGCGAGUACACCAUGGAAUACAGCAGAUAUCAGCCCUGCCUGCCAAGCACCCAGGAAGAUCUCAUCCACAAAUACUUGGAGGCUACAGGCCAACUUCCUGCUAAGAAGAGCAAGUGGAAGAGCUGAGAACUUUCUUAACAUUUUGUGGACUUGUUGAGUAUGACAGUAUGUAUUUCCUUCAAGUCACUUUUAGUCAUUUAAUUAUGUGGAGAGCAAGAUGGAUCGUCUCCCUUUGUCCAGCUUCCUCUGGGAAAUCACAUUUAUUGUAGUACCGUACAUUUUUUAGAAUCGUUAGAAAACAGCAUCCAAAAAAUGCUGGUUAGGCAGAAAAUCAUCGGAAGCCAAUUUUGGUUACUUCAUUAAUAUUCAUAAUUCAUCUACGUACAGUAGAGGCCAAACACCUCAUUUCAAUGUCUUUUCUCUAUUUUCAUGACUAUUUACCUUGUAGUUUGUCACAUCAAAACUAUGACACCUGUGAAGUGAAAAGCAUUCCAGGUGACUACCUCUUGAAGCUCAUGGAGAGAAUGCCAAGAGUGUGCAAAGCAGUAAUCAGAGCAAAGGGUGGCUAUUUUGAAGAAACUUGAACAUAAAACAUGUUUUCAGUUAUUUCACCUUUUUUUUUUGUUAAGUACAUAACUCCACAUGUGUGCAUUAACAGUUUUAAUGUGACAAUCUACAAUGUAAAUAGUCAUGAAAAUAAAGAUUGAAUGAGGAGAAGGUGUGUCCAAACUUUUGGUCUGUACUGUGUGCAAAACAAUAACAAUCCCAUAAAAAUCUAAACUUGCUACACAAUGAUGGCAAACUAACAUAAUGAUGUUUUACAUUUCAUAUUUAAAAAAAACCCAACAUUCCAGGUGACUACCUCUUGAAGCUCAUGGAGAGAAUGCCAAGAGUGUGCAAAGCAGUAAUCAGAGCAAAGGGUGGCUAUUUUGAAGAAACUAGAAAUUUCAAGAAAUAUCCUAAAACAUACAGUACAGGCCAAAAGUUUGGACACACCUUCUCAUUCAAUGUGUUUUCUUUAUUUUCAUGACUAUUUACAUUGUAGAUUGUCACAUCUAAACUAUGAAUGAACACAUGUGGAGUUAUGUACUUAACAAAAAAGGUGAAAUAACUGAAAACAUGUUUUAUAUUCUAGUUUCUUCAAAAUACCCACCCUUUGCUCUGAUUACUGCUUUGCACACUCUUGGCAUUCUCUCCAUGAGCUUCAAGAGGUAGUCACCUGAAAUGCUUUUCACUUCACAGGUGUGCUUGAAGCUCUUGGAGAGAAUGCCAAGAGUGUGCAAAGCAGUAAUCAGAGCAAAGGGUGGCUAUUUUGAAGAAACUAGAAUAUAAAGGAUACUUUUUCUGUUAAGUACAUAACUCCACAUGUGUUCAUUCACAGUUUUGAUGUGACAAUCUACAAUGUGAAUAGUCAUGAAAAUAAAGAUUGAAUAAAAAGGUGUGUCUAAA